GAUUCGUUUCCACUGAUCCCUGAAGGGAACUCCCAAAAAGAUUUUUGAAUUUAGACAUCCAAGAUUCAGAAAUCAUGGUGCACCCGGCCACCGCUAUGCUGCAGGAGUUACAGUCUGCAGACUGCGAGAGCGCUUGUGUAAACAGCCCCAGCUUGAAUUUUAAGUGAACCUUGGCUGAGGGCUGUGAACUUGCUGGCGAGGAUUCCCUGAGGGAUCCCGGCAGCUGGUGGCCCCGCCCCCAGCCCUUAUCGGAGCCCCCAGACCUUUGGUUUCCUCCUCCACUCCCCUCCGGUUUCCCUCCGGUCUCCUCCGCUGAUUCACUCGCCUCUCUGCCUCCCCUUCCUCCCAACCACAUCCCAGCCAUGGUCCUGGUUCUGCAGCUGCUCCCGCUGCUGUUGUCGAGGGCCCAGGGGAACCCCGAGGCUUCACUGGAAGGUCGCCCGGGGGAUCGAGUCAAUCUCUCCUGCGUAGAGGUCUCGCAACCCACCCGUUGGGUCUGGGCACCUAGCUUCCCGGCCUGCAAGGGCCUGUCCAAAGGCCGCCGCCGGAUUCUGUGGACAUCAUCGAAUGGAAACCCCACCGUAUCUGCCGCCCAGCCCUUUGUGGGCCGCCUACGUGCCCUGGGCCUUGGUAUUCGGCGGCUGGAGCUGCUCCUCAGCGCGGGGGACUCGGGCACCUUUACUUGCAAGGGCCACGGAAAGGACGAGAGCCGUACUGUGCUUCGCGUGCUGGGGGACCCGGCAGAUUGCAAGGCUCCGGAGCCUACCCGCGAGUCCGGAUAUCUCCAGAUUCUGAUCCCGCUGCUGGUCCUGGGGCUGCUGCUGGCACUCGGAGCCGGGGGCUUGGCCUAUUGCCUGCGCAGGCGCUCGCCCCCUCACCCGCCUCGACCACUCCCCAGAUUUGUUCCACUUGUGGACACUGAGCCCCAGAGGCUAGAAGAGGAGGAAGACCCCAAGAUUGCAGGGGUGGACCAGGAGCCGAGCCUGCUCUACGCAGACCUGGAUCAUAGGGCCCUCAGAAGUCCGCGCCGUCUGUCUCGGGUGGUCCCUGCUGAGGCCUCCACCAUCUAUGCGGUUGUGGUUUGAAAGGAAGCCCUUACUCCAAACCUCAGGAGCUGGAGGCUCCCAGCUCUCCAUAACACCCCUCUCCUUUCUGGCCCUUUACUGGAAAAGGAAGGCACCAUGGGAUAGAAAUGAG